AUGAGUCGUUCCGCGUUAGAAAUGAAUUUUAUGCGUCUUUUAUACUGCACUGAAUGUCUUGCAGUACAAAAGAAGUUGGGCACCACUUACAAGGCCUAUGUGAAAACUUUGGAAACGUUCUUUAACAAAUUGAUAUCCUCGAAUUAUCGUCCUUCUCCAGAAUGUAUCCGUAAUUAUGAAAUAAGAGUAAAAAGGUUAAAAGAAAACUGUGAUAUUGUACAAACUUCAGAUCCAGUAUCUACUCAUUAUCUAUCUCAUGAUAAGACUACUUCGACACUGAAAACAAUCACUCCAGCGGAGAACAAUGACAGUGCAGUGUCUAAAGAUAUAUCAUCACAGGAGACAGAUAAUGCCUUUACUGAAAUAGUGGAGAACACAUCAGUCAUUCAAUGCGCAUAUUCUGAUACAUGUGAUCUGAUAGCGAAAGAACGUCAGCGGAUAAAUCGUGAUUUAAGAGAACAAUUAUUAGGUGGAAAUAAGUCUACAGAGAAAAUGUUUGAUCAGCUUGAAAACUCCAGUAAAUCACCUGAUGCACUUUUACGUGAACAACAAAUGCGACGUGAACAAUUAGCCUCAGAAAUGUUAUUACUAACUGUUGAUCUUAAAAAUCAAUCCUCAGCAAUGAAUCAACGUAUUCGAUCAGAUUGUCAAACAGUCAGUUUGAGUAUUGGACAAGUAGAGAAAAAUGAAGUUCAUCUCUCAGGUGUAUUAAAUGAAUUAUCAGUUGAAUUAGGUUCAAAAUGUGGUCGAAUUGUUUGGAUUUUAUUUUUUAUUUCAUUAGGUUUGUUUUUAUAUAUGAUUUUAUUUAUGAAAAUGUUUCGUAAACGUAUAUAUCAGUCAAAUACAACACCUCAACUGUCCAGAAAUGAAUUAUAA